AUGAAUCAUCUACCAGCCUCAUCAGACCUGCAACCACCCCUACCAUCACCCCCAACCGAACCGACCAACCAAUCCAUCCCAUCCCAUCUAUACUCUCGUUUACCUUUUCAUCAUUUACUUCAAGAUGGAACACCUGAUUACCUAAAACUGAUCUUAAAUUCAAAAGUUUAUGAUCUUAUUCAAGAAACUCCCUUGACUCAUGCCAUUAAUUUGAGUGAUCGAUUAGGUGUUUGGGUUGGACUUAAACGUGAAGAUUUACAACCGGUUUUUAGUUUUAAAAUUCGUGGGGCUUAUAAUAUGAUGGCUCAUUUAUCAGCAGAAGAUAAGGCAAAAGGAGUCAUCGCUUGUAGUGCAGGAAACCAUGCUCAAGGAGUAGCCAUGUCAGCCAAAGCCUUAAACAUCAAAGCCACAAUAGUCAUGCCACUCGCAACUCCAUCGAUCAAAUACAAAAACGUCGGAAGAUUAGGAUCCUCAGUUUUAUUACAUGGAGAUGAUUUUGAUGAAGCUAAAAGAGAAUGUAGUCGACUUACUCACCAAAAAGGCUUGACAAAUGUUCCACCCUUUGAUGAUCCUUAUGUGAUCUCAGGUCAAGGUACGAUUGGACUUGAGAUUUUAAAACAAGUCGAAGACGGAUUAGAUGCGAUUUUCGUUUGUGUGGGUGGUGGAGGACUUUUGGCUGGGAUUGCAAGUUAUGUGAAACGGAUCGGUCAUCCGGGUUUGAAAGUCAUUGGUGUCGAAUGUGAAGAUCAGAAAGCCAUGACUGAUAGUUUGGAAUCAGGUCAAAGAGUCGUGUUGAAUGAAGUCGGGUUGUUUAGUGAUGGAACUGCAGUUAGAGUCGUUGGUGAAGAAACUUUUAGGAUUUGUAAGGAACACGUCGAUGAGAUGAUCACCGUCACUAAUGAUGAGCUGUGUGCAAGUAUCAAGGAUGUGUUUGAAGACACUAGGUCGGUACCUGAACCAGCUGGCUCGUUAGCAGUAGCUGGAAUGAAACGAUACAUUCACCAAAACAACCUGGUAGGAUCAGGUAAACGGUUUGUCGGCAUCGUCAGUGGUGCCAACAUGAACUUUGACCGUCUGAGGUUUGUUGCCGAGCGUGCCGACUUGGGAGAUGAUCGUGAAGCGCUCCUAAGUGUGACUGUACCAGAACAGCCUGGAAGCUUUGUCAAACUACAUUCGUAUAUUCAACCAAGACCAGUAACUGAGUUUUCAUAUCGAUACGCAUCCAAUUCGACCCAAGCUUCGAUUUUCAUUUCUUUUAGACUUUCAUCAUCAUCUAUUCGUCGUCAAGAAAGAACAGAAGUACCUAUGGAUUCUAAAACCAAAAGACAAAAAGAGUUAACAGAAGUGAUUGAAUCGAUUGGAAAAGAUCCCAUCGGAAUGAAAGCCCAAGAUAUUUCAGAUAAUGAGAUGGCCAAAAGUCAUGCACGGUAUUUAGUGGGCGGUCGUACACAAGUUAAAGAUGAGAGAUUGAUUUCGUUUGUGUUUCCUGAAAGACCUGGAGCAUUACAUAAGUUCUUGAUCGGACUCAGUAGUGGAUCUUCAUCCUCUAGUGAAGCCUUUAAUGUAACACUGUUUCAUUAUAGAAAUCAUGGAGCAGAUAUGUCAAGAGUCUUGGCAGGCAUUCAGGUUAGAAAAGAUGAGUUGGAUCGAUUUGAAAAGUUUUUGAUCGAAUUGGGUUACUCUUUUACAGAUGAAACUGAUAAUGAGGUUUAUCAACAAUUUUUAAUGGAGUGA